AUGACAUCUACCGUGGUGUCUACCGUGACAGCCGCGGCCGCGACCUCGGCUCCGGCGCCAGCCCCCUCGACAGACAACCCCAAGCCGAGAUCCCAAACAAAGACCAGGAAGAGGGCCUCCAAGGCCUGCCUCUCCUGCCGCGCCAGAAAAGUCCGCUGCGAUGUGUCGCAACGAGGACGCCCGUGCAUGAACUGCUACCUGGAUAGCGAGACCUGUGUUGUUACCGGACGAGCCUCUAGAUAUCGCCGUCCACGCGAGUCCGGUGAGGAUGUCGAGGCCUCGUAUCCUCCGUACCCCCCUUCCGUCAAUGCCGAUAGUCGUUCUGCUGAGGAUGUCGUCAAGUCGAGACAAGAUGAGACCACUGACUACGCGAUGGCUUCUGCGAUCGACCAACGACCGGUCCAUCACUCCAAUACAGAAUUGAACUCUGGGAACCACAACCAUGUGUGUUCAAAUCCUGGCGCAGAUGAGAAUCUCAGUCUGCCGACCACAAACUUGAAAGUACCCGCUCAAACAAGUCAAAUGCCAGAUCCUCAAGCUCGGAAUAAUGGUGGUGGCAUACUCUCCAACGCCAACUUCAGCUCAACAUCCCAUUGCUUCGCAGAUGACUCCCAGGGGAUGACCUCGGACAUUGUCUACUCAUACUAUCCCUUCAUCUCGGCCAGCAACAUUGCCAACAUCCCACCGCAAGAUGUCAACUUCCUGGAGCUCCAGGGCUGCCUGCGCGUACCGAUCCGGCCUCUCCUCGACGAGUUCCUCCAGCAAUACUUCCUGCACGUCCAUCCCAUGCUGCCUCUGGUCAACGAGGGAGACUUCUGGGACCUCUACAGCCAGAACCCAAAAGCCACAUCCCCAGACGACCGCCUGUCUCUGCUCCUCCUGCAGACCAUCCUCUUCGCCUCGUGCAACUUCGUCUCCAAGACGACCCUGAAAGCCCUCGGGUUCCCCAACAUCCGCGCAGCCCGGGCCGGCCUCUACCGCCGCGGCAAGCUCCUGUACGACCUCGAGGCCGAGUCCUCGCCGCUGGCGUCGGCGCAGGCGGCCGUCCUCCUCUCCCUCUGGGCGCCGCCCUCGACCAAGAAGCCCAACACGUCGUGGCUCAGCCUGGCCAUCCAGCACGCCAAGAGCGCCGAGGCGCACCACUACGCCUCCAUGCCGGUCUUCUCGGCCGAGACGCACCCCCUCCAGCACCGCAAGCAGAACAUCCUCAAGCGCGUGUGGUGGUGCUGCGUCAUCCGCGACCGCACGCUGGGCCUGCUGAUGCGGAGGCCCAUCCAGAUCACCCGCGAGCACUUCGACUUCGAGACGAGCCCCGUGUUGGGCUUCCCCGACCUGGUGGGCGAGUUCGGCCGCUCCCAGGUGUACAGCUCGGACACGAAGCGGUGGCUCGCCGAGAUCCUCGUCCAGCUCGUUGAGCUGUACGUCGUCCUCACAGACAUCAUCGUGCUCGUCUUCCCGCUCGACGACACGCCCGGUUGGGGCAGGGACAUGGCCCCCGAGGACGUUGACCGCAUCCGCGAGUGCAAGAUGGCCCUCCGCCGCUGGUACAAGGACGCGACGCUGCGCUUCCCCAUGUCCGGCCGCGGCCAGCAGCAGCAGCAGGCUGAAUCUCUGCCGUCAUCGCGCCGCCACGGCUCCGUUAUUCUGUACACCAACCUCAUGUACAUGUACUACCACUCGACCCGCGUCGUCCUCUGCCACCACGAGAUCCUCCACCUGGCCAUCAUCCAGGCCAUGCCGCGCAAGGAGGGCGGCAGCAACAUCACCCGCGACCUGUCCAUCAUCUACGAGAACCGCCACGAGCUGCAGGACGCCGCCUCGGGCGUCACCGAGUGCCUCAAGGAGCUCGUCCAGCUCAAGCUCGCCCGCUGGCUGCCCAUCUCCGCCGUCGCCUGCACCGCCCUGCCCCUCGUGCUCAACAUCCUCGACGUCAAGCUGUCCAGCCGCCAGCAGCAGCAGCAACAGCAAGCAGGAGGAGGAGGAAACCUCGACAGCAACGCCGCCGCGGCGCUCAAGCAGCACCGCCUCAACAUCCUCAUCGAGGCCAUGAAGACGUACCAGCCCCAGUACGACGGCGUCGACUGGGUGAGCGAGAUCGUCCGCCACAUCGUCAACCUCGCCCAGAUCGACGACGGGUCGGCGGGCGAGGACGGCACCGGGGCCGGCCAGCAGCAGACGAACGGCAUCACCGACUGGACCGACAUACUCGCCUCGAACCCCAGCUCGUACCUCCGGCUGGCGCUGGCCCUCGACCUGAGCCUGAGUAAAGGCCGGUUGCCCGAGGACGGGGACUUCCCCGUCAGCCUGAGGGGCCUGUUCACGGGCGGGUUCAACCCGCUCAAGGGGCUCGUGGAGGCCAACCGGGCCAACGGCAACAACGUACAGGCUGCUGCCGGCGGGAACAUGGGCGUUCACUUCCAGCAGCAGCAGCAGCAGCGGACGCUGUCCCAGGAGACAGACUCGAUGUGCUCGCCCACCGACUCGCACAUGACCACCAACUCGGACGACGCCGCCAACGAGGCGCUGCGGGACCAGGUGAGCUCGCGCAUCAGGUCCGACGCCGCGGUGAACACGGACGUGCCGCCCUCGGAGGGGAUCUGGGGCCUGGGGAGGGACCUGGGCGAGGUCCUGCCCAUGGACGACCACUCGCCUAGCUCCGGCAGCCACGAGGGCCUGUACAUCGACGGGCCCCUGCCGGACAUCUCGGCGGAGUGGCUGGAGAACCUGUGGGAUGAGAUGGGGGACAUGGAGGACAAGACGGAUAGAGACACCGCGAGGCUGUUACUAGAGGCGUUGAAGGAGGGGGAGGCGUAA